ACUGGAAGAACAGACAUACCCUGGGGACGAUUUCAGGCCUCUUGUGCAACCAUGGGCCUCCAGGAAGUGUUUGUCUCCUGGGGAUUGGGACACUGGAGCCCAAGGAGAGGAGCUGGGGUUCCUGCCUUAUAAGAGCAGACAGAGCGCUUCUGCACAGCUAUGGAGAAGGGUGGGAGGUUUGCACUUACCAUGGCUCCGGGACCUGCUGCCCUAUUCAUCUUGACCCUGCUCAUCAAUGGCCUGAUCACUCAUGCUGAUGACACCUGCCCAGAAGUGAAAGUCCUGGAUCUGGAUGGUUCCAACAAGCUCACCAUCCUUCGAGGCUGCCCUGGCGGUCCUGGAGCCCUGGGGCCCAAGGGAGAGGCAGGGGCCAAAGGAGAUAAAGGAGAGAAUGGCCUCCCUGGACACCCUGGAAAGGCAGGACCGACUGGACCCAAAGGAGACCGGGGAGAGAAGGGAGUACGUGGAGAGAAGGGAGUACGUGGAGAGAAAGGAGACACCGGGCCAGUUCAGUCGUGUGCUACAGGACCUCGGGCCUGCAAGGAAUUGCUCACCCAGGGCCACUUUCUCACUGGCUGGUACACCAUCUACCUGCCGGAUUGCAGGCCCCUGGCUGUGCUGUGUGACAUGGACACGGAUGGCGGGGGCUGGACCGUCUUCCAGAGGAGGCUCGAUGGCUCUGUGGACUUCUUUCGGGACUGGGCCUCAUACAAGCGCGGCUUCGGCAGUCAGCUGGGGGAGUUCUGGCUGGGAAAUGACAACAUCCACGCCCUAACCACCCAGGGAACCAGCGAGCUGCGAGUGGAUCUUACAGACUUCGAAGGCAAGCAUGACUUUGCCAAGUACAGCUCCUUCAAGAUCGAAGGAGAGGCUGAGAAAUACAAGCUCGUCCUGGGAAAUUUUGUUGGAGGUGGUGCUGGUGACUCCCUGACUUCCCAAAACAACCAAUUUUUCUCUACCAAAGACCAAGACAAUGACCAGAGUUCUUCCAACUGUGCGCUGAGAUACCAUGGAGCCUGGUGGUACAGUGAUUGUCACCAUUCCAACCUGAAUGGCCUCUACCUCAGGGGGCCCCAUAAGAGCUACGCAGAUGGUGUGAAUUGGAGGUCAUGGGGAGGCUACAACUAUAGCUACAAGGUUUCUGAGAUGAAGGUGCGCCUCACCUAGCUCCCACCACAGGAAGGACUCCAUCUUCACUACCAGCUGAGGAAGGAAUGUGCCCACCCUGCCCUGCUCUGCCCUUUUACCCACAGUCCACACAGCCCAUGACCUCCAGGACAGCCUUCCUCACAUACUUACAUUUUCAUUCCAAAGGAAAAAUUGCAUUUCCCAAAGCUGCUUGUUCUCUGACAGACAUGUGUCUGUGGGUUUUCUGUGUCACAUUUUAGUCUUUUGCCACAUCUGUAUCAUCCAGCAGAGCUGUCUAUGACCUUGACAGUCAGGAAGAGUUGGAAAGUCCAUUUAUAAAUGCAGACCAAUGCCUGCUUCUCUGGGGCCAUCUGCCUCUGACCCUCAGCUCUGCCACUACCAUAAGUGACCUGUCCCCAUCCCAGCCCCGUGUUCCAUUAUAGCUCACUCACAGCAAUUUACAUGUCCAUCAAAAGGUCACCUGGGGACUAGGAAAUGUUCAUAAGAGGUUGGGAGCAUGCAAGACCCCUUCUGCUUGCUGUGUAAAUGUCUCUGUGAGCCAGCAGCUUCCCAUGAAUAGCAGGUGUGGGGAGCACUGGCCACAGAGAGCCAGCAGUAUCUGAGGGGAAGAUGAAGAGGGGCCUGCCUCACCCAGGGCACAUCUCAUCUCCGGAACCUCAAUUCUAAUUGACAGAAGUGAGUGGGAGUUUCUGGGGGAAAGGAGAGGUACUCCUCAUAGACUAGGACUAGUUUCUCCCUAGGAUUCAGGGGGUCUGAGCAGGAGGAAGAGAGAGGUGGGUAUGCCCCAUUCAAACUAGACCAUUGGCUUAUGAGACGCAAAGAGAAAGGAAUUAAGGGCCCAGAAGAAUAGAAUCCCUCUACACACUCAUGUUCAGCCCCAUACCUCUGCUUCAACCGACACCCACACAUUUAGGCUUAAAACAGCAGGACCCAUUACCCACAGUUCCCAAGAUAAUAAGACUUGUAGAGGUCCAGCUGGCCAAAGUCAAGACGCUGGUGUGCUUUCCUCCAGAUGCCUGGCAUGGAGCAGGGUACCUCCAGCUUCCCGGGUACCCUGACUGCCUUUUCUGUCCUUACUUUGUCCAGCUUUAAAGCCAGCAACAGUAUAUCAAUCUGACCUACAGCUGUCUGUCACCUGGAAUGGGUCUCCAUUUCUGACUGGAGUUAGAUAGUCUGCUUAGAAAUGCCUCACAGGUCUUGGGAAGUCACAUAGCCAACUUUCUCUCUGGAAGCUUUACAGGUUCUGGACAUCAGGCAAAAAAAUCUUCAGCAGAGGACAUAUUACCCUGUCCACCACAUCCUAUUACAAACAAACAAACAAGCAAACAAACAAACCAAACAGAACUGGAGACAUACCUCAGUUUGUAGAGUGCCAGCCUAGCCUGCAAGUUCUGGAUUUGAUUACCAGUUUUGUGUAAACUGGGUGUGGUGGUGCACACCUCUUACUCUAGUGUUCAGGGGAUGGAGGCAGAAAGGUCAGAAGUUCAAGGCUAUCUCAGGUUUAAAGCCAGUCUUUGAUACAUGAACCCCUAUCUCAAGCAAAUAAGCUAAUAACAGCCACAAAAACCAAAUGGCACAAUCUAAUAAUAACAGUAAAAAAAAUAUCCCAGCAGGCCAGUAAAACCUAGUAUUUGGGCUUGAGAUGUAGCUUGGUGGUAGAGCCCCUGACCAGUAUGCACAGGCACUGAGUUCGAAAGGCAGGAUUGAACGAAACAAAGAAGGCAUGAGAUUUGAGCAAACAUCUCAUGAAAUUGAGUCCGAUGCAUUUGUUAAAAGGCUCCAAAUAAUUUAGACUUCUAAAAACAUCCUCGUAUUUGUAAAAAAAAAAAAAAAGUUUCAGUUUAUUUAUAAAA